CUGCAUUUUCUCCUGGAACUCAAGAAUAGUUUUAAUACGUUUUCCAACUCUUUCUUUUUCCUUACAGUACUUGGGGUGUAUAGAAGUCUUACGCUCAAUGAGAUCUCUUGACUUCAAUACUAGAACACAGAUUGCAAGGGAAGCAAUCAGUCGUGUUUGUGAAGCCGUGCCUGGUGCCAAAGGAGCCUUCAAGAAACGAAAGCCACCAAGCAAGGUUCUUUCUAGCAUCUUGGGAAAGAGCAAUCUUCAGUUUGCAGGAAUGAGCAUAAUGCUGAAUAUCUCCACCACCAGCUUAAACCUAAUGACUCCGGAUACAAAACAGAUCAUAGCAAAUCACCAUAUGCAAUCUAUUUCCUUUGCGUCUGGAGGUGAUCCGGAUACAACCGACUAUGUUGCAUAUGUAGCUAAGGAUCCUGUUAAUCGGAGAGCUUGUCAUAUACUGGAAUGCUGUGAUGGCCUGGCCCAGGAUGUCAUCAGCACCAUAGGGCAAGCGUUUGAGCUUCGAUUUAAGCAAUACUUGCGAUGCCCCUCUAAGAUACCUACUUUCCAUGAUAGGAUGCAGAGUUUUGAUGAGCCAUGGAUGGAGGAAGAGAACGAGGCAACAGAACAUCCCUAUUACAACAACAUCCCAAAUAAAAUGCCCCCUCCCGGCGGCUUCAUUGAUGCCAGGCUCAAAGCAAGACCUACCACUGCUCCAGAUACAGCUCAGUCUGCAGCAGGAGUGGGAGGAGAGCAAACCUAUUACCAGAGUCACCACUUAGGAGAUAAAUUCAAUGAAGACUGGCAUCACGGGCCUGUUAAGCAAGGAUCUCUGGAUAUUUGCAGUGUGCCAGAAGGGAAAUCACAAGUAACCCCAACAGCAGAGAUGCCAACAUACGUAAACACCCAGCAUAUAAAUAUAGAAACUCUAUUGGCACUUCAGGCAGAUGCUGAAAGUACCUUCAGUGGAACAGCAGAUGAUACCAAAGAGAGCAGCCCAGGAAAGGAUCUGUUUGACAUGA